CUCUCUCCCUGCACUUAUAUGCACUCUUUCCUUCUCUCUUUCAUCACUCUCUCUCUCUCUCUCUACCAAUUAUUGGUGCCCAAGAGCAGUGUACAACCUAAGUUGAACUUUCUGAAAAUUAAAGCAAGAAGAUCAGAGAGAAUUGAGAUCAUCAUCUAUCAGAAAUGGAGAUGGAGUGUUGUGUCCCUCCAGGUUUCAGAUUUCAUCCAACUGAGGAAGAGCUUGUAGGUUACUACCUGAAGAGGAAGAUCAACUCUUUGAAGAUUGAUCUAGAUGUAAUCACUGACAUUGAUCUCUAUAGAAUGGAGCCAUGGGACAUUCAAGACAGGUGCAAGUUGGGAUACGAAGAGCAGAGCGAGUGGUAUUUCUUCAGCCACAAGGACAGGAAGUAUCCGACGGGGACUCGGACGAACCGAGCCACGGCCGCCGGAUUCUGGAAAGCCACCGGAAGGGAUAAGGCUGUGAUGUCUAAGGAGGAGCAGAUCAUAGGGAUGAGAAAGACGCUGGUAUUCUACAAAGGCAGAGCUCCCAAUGGAAGGAAAACUGAUUGGAUCAUGCAUGAAUAUCGCCUUCAAACUUCUGAACAUGGACCACCUCAGGAAGAAGGAUGGGUUGUUUGUCGAGCAUUCAAAAAGCCGAGUCCAAACACAAAGCCAUAUAAUGACGGUUGGAACUACAAGUAUUCCUAUAGGCCUCCAUCAAUUUCAGACGACAUAAUAUCAUCAUCAACUAAUCCAAUAUUAUUGCAUGGCAUCAACAACACAUUCAAUAAUAAUCGUCACCAAUUCCCCAAUUUCCAUCUGCCACCCCAUCACCACCAAGACGGCCUAAUCCUACCCCCCGCCGUUUCCGGCGGCGCCGGCGACAAUAACCACCUGGUCGAACUUCCCCAGCUCGACAGCCCCACGAUGUCGACAAGUUUUGCGACGAAAGAUGGGACGUUCGUCGCAAAUGAAGAUGGGGAGGUUGAGAAGCAGCUGGAGAAUUAUAGCGACGAAUUUCAGAAUUGGAAGAAUAUUGGUGUGGAUGACCCGCUGAUACCCACUUCUUCAUUCCCUAACGUAAGCAUGCCAUUGAUCAUUAGCGACGAUUCUCAACAUCAUAUAAGCCAUCUCCUCCAGUGUUUCCCAGAUUUAUAGCUCCGAUCCAAAGCUCCCAUUUCAUGCAUGGACGUGAUGAUAUGAUCGUUCCCUCAUAUAUACAUAUACUAUAUAUAGUGAAAUAUUGUUUGUGAUUAAUAACAGUCCUCUCAUCAACAACUGAUCAAAAGGGCAUGUUUUUUUAAAGCUGCCGGUCUGAACCAAUGAGAUUUAUAGAGGAUAUAAACUGGCCGGGGCUGCAGCAAAUUAAUUAAGCCUGCAUGAGCCUUGGCCAUAUAUAUAUAGAUCUUCAAUGGUUCGUCCACCAAUUUGACUGUUUAGUUAUGGUAUUUUAAUUUCUGCAAUAAUAAUUGUGUUGUUUAAUUCAA